AUGUCAAGUUCUAAUAAAAAUAGCAAAAAAAAACUACAUCAACUUUUAUUACAAAAAGAGAAUCUAAGUGAUAUUCUUAAAAGAAAAGCUGAAUAUCUAGCAGUUGAUCCAAACGACCAAGAUAACAAAAAAAAACGGGUUAGACGACCUCAGUAUAUAGAAUUUGAAGAAGCAUUAGUAUUAUGGUCAGUAUUGGUCGACAAUGCACCAGUUCAUUCUCAUGAAAUUUUGGAUACUUUGAGCAAUCUAAAGGUGAAAUUUUUUUUACCAAAUACUAUCAGUCAUCUACAACCGUACGAUGCGAGAAUUAUUCAAGCACAGUAUAAAAAAUUGUUGGUUCAUGAUCGCAUCGAGGCUUACGAGACAGCUCAGGUAUUAGAAAAAUCUGUUGCACUAGUUACAAUAUAUGAUGUGAUUUGUUUUACCAAAAAAGCAUGUAACGUCAACAGUUUACAACAACGUAGAUUACCAUCUUUAUUAUUAACAACUACAACAACCUCAACCCUUACUUCAUCUUUACAAUCAUUACCACAAACACCUCAAUCACCAAUCAAAAAAUCAAAUCUUACUUGCACUUUUUCAGAAUUGCCAAAUUGGAUGAAAGAUAACAGUGCCAUCAUUAGAGGAUAUAGGUUACCAACAUUCUCAUACAUUAAAUGCAUAAACUCAUUAUUUUAUCUCCAUAAUGAAAGUGUGAAUAUUUGGUCUCAUUUUGUUGGAGCAAUGAUAUUUUUGGUUCUUUCAAUUUUCACUUUUCUUUAUUUCAAAACAGAACCAACAAUUGAAUUCUUUGAAACUGUGGUUUGCGCAAGUUGGAAUAGAUGUGAUUACGUUGGAAUUGUUGCUUUAAUUGUUGGAUCAAAUGUUCCUUUGGUAUAUUAUGGUAUGGUUUGA